UGUACCCUGGCCGAAGUUUCCUUUUCCUACCACGGCUGUUUGUAAUGGAGUCGACAGUGUACUCUUCUAUCGUAAAGUAACAAGAAACAAGUAGUAAUAUUACGGUUUGUGUCCCAUAUCAAACCUUCUGCAUCUCARUCUCAACAGAACCUCCACCACUGUGAUUUAAGCCAAGCACAUACCACYAGGCACUGAUUUGGGGAUCUCCUUUAGUUGCUGCCACUUUGUCAAGUUGAAGGCAGUCCAGUUCCCUUUUUGUCAAAUUUUAUUCCCUCCUUCCCUUUUUAUCAUCCCUCAUCUCCUGCCUUCAUGUGGUAAUUGUUUAUUAAAGCACUAGUGACGCCUCUUCUGGUGCAAUGAGCAACCUGCACCAACAGCAUCAUGGCAGCACAGGCUCAGAGCGAGACCUUCACUCUGCAGCCUCCUCUGUUAGCCUGCCCUCRGUCAGGAAGAAUCCCAAAAAGCGGCGUCUGUCCCUCCACUCACUCUUCGGAMGGCGAUGCAGACCUGAUCGCGACUCCAAACGCAAGUCGAGGACUCUGCAGCCUGCCGCCGCAGCGGACGCUGUUGUCAGUGUUGAAACCCUGCAGUCCGAGACGAGCCAGGACAAAACUUCCAGCCAACCGCCAUCAGAUGUAGCGUCAACCUCAUCGGGGUCGGGGUCUUCGUCCGAGCUGCUGGAGUGCCCUCUGUGCCUGCUGCGCCACACACGCGAGCGCUUCCCAGACAUCAUGACCUGUCACCACCGCUCCUGCGCAGACUGUCUGCGGCAGUAYCUGCGCAUCGAAAUCUCAGAGUCGCGCGUCAACAUCUGCUGUCCCGAGUGCUCGGAGCGCUUCAAUCCCCACGACAUCCAGAUGAUCCUGGGAGACCGGGCCCUCAUGGAGAAGUAUGAGGAGUUCAUGCUGAGGAGGUGGCUGGUGUCGGAACCRGACUGUCGCUGGUGCCCCGCCCCCGACUGCGGUUAUGCAGUCAUUGCGUUCGGCUGCGCCAGCUGCCCAAARAUCACCUGUGGGCGUGAGGGCUGCGGGACAGAGUUCUGCUACCACUGCAAGCAGCUGUGGCAUCCCAACCAGACAUGUGACACGGCCCGACAGCAAAGGGCCCAGAGCCUCCGACUGAGGGGCUUCAGGUCCUCAUCGCUCAGCUACAGCCAAGAGAGCGGAGCAGCAGGUGACGACAUCAAGCCGUGUCCUCGCUGCUCUGCAUACAUCAUCAAGAUGAACGAUGGAAGCUGUAAUCACAUGACCUGCGCCGUCUGCGGCUGUGAGUUUUGUUGGCUCUGCAUGAAGGAAAUCUCUGACCUGCACUACUUAAGUCCAUCAGGCUGCACCUUCUGGGGGAAGAAGCCUUGGAGCAGGAAGAAGAAGAUUCUUUGGCAGCUCGGCACAUUGGUGGGGGCUCCUGUGGGGAUCGCCCUCAUCGCUGGUAUCGCCAUCCCAGCAAUGCUCAUUGGCAUCCCAGUGUAUGUGGGCAGAAGGAUUCACAAUCGCUACGAAGGCAAGGACAUCUCCAAGCACAAGAGGAACUUGGUGAUAGCUGGAGGUGUGACGCUGUCAGUGAUCGUCUCUCCUGUCGUUGCUGCCGUCACUGUUGGUAUUGGUGUUCCCAUCAUGCUUGCUUACGUUUACGGCGUGGUCCCGAUCUCUCUGUGUCGGAGCGGCGGUUGUGGAGUGUCUGCUGGCAAUGGCAAAGGGGUGCGAAUCGAGUUUGACGAUGAAAACGACAACGUGGGCAACGGAGCGGCAGCCACAGAUGCCACCUCAGUAGCAGAGACUCGGCUCAACAACCCGAGUCUCGGAGACGGAGCGAGUGUCGGUGGUUUGACGGGUCUUAGUCUCAGCGUCAGCGGGACCCACAUGGAGCGCUGCGGCGUGGGCUCCAACCAGCGGGACAACAUGAGCGACAACGCCAGCACCACGGCCCUCGCUGGGACCAGCAUCACCGGCAGCCUGUUCGGAAGCUGCUACCACCGGAUGGAAGUGCAGGCUGAUGUCCAGAAGGAACGCUGCAGUUUGAGUGGCGAGUCGGCUACUGUCAGUCUGGGGACGAUCAGUGACAACGCCAGCACGAAAGCCAUGGCAGGAUCCAUCCUCAAUGCUUACAUGACGUUGGACAGAGACAACAGCCUGGAGGGGCCGGGAGACUUGGAGUCCAAACAGGAAAAAGCGAGACACGACAGCGCCAGCAGCAGCCUGGAUGAAGCCAGCUGCAGCAGCACCUCCGGCGCCAAAGGAGCCAGUGGUGGUGCGUGUCUCUGCUCCUGUCCCUCCAGCUGCUGCUGUGGUCAGAACAGCAGCCACUAUUCCCCUACAUCCAAAAACCACUCAACCACUGCAGGCAAGAAGUGCAAAAGUAAGCUGCUGAAACGAGCAAGCAGCAGCGGCAAAGAAGAAGGAAAACUUGCUGAAGCUCAAGGAGAUGUUGACGCUCAGCUUCUGGAGCGGCGCAGCACCAACUCCUCUGAGCUGGAUUCUCCCUCCCUGAGCGGCAGCCUCCCCUCCGUGGCCGACUCCCACUGUAGCCACCUCUCAUCAGAGCUCAGCUGCUCAGACCCCGAGACCUCCAAACCCACUCAGCUGCCUUGCUCCCCCCAGAUGGAGCCCCUCGCCCACAAUCCCACCGUCACGCCCUUACCCGAGGUGGAGCACGACCGCCUCGAGCAGCUGCCGCCUCAGUUCGGCCACGCCGCUUACAGCCACCGCCCGCUGUCUUCAUCCCCGCCUGCUUCACCCAGAGAGAAGAGCAGCGGGACGGUUCUGCACAUUAGCGAAGAGAGCGCCGACGCAGAGCCAGAGAAGCUGCAGGAGGCCGUCAGAGACUCUGCUGCACAGCCUGAGAGCCCAACCAGGAAGAGAUGCAUCCAGACAGACAUCUGAAUGAGCGCUGUGUCCGUGUUGCCACUGUGAGCUCAUCUAUGAAGCUGAACGUCGGGGACAAACUGAGCUGUUCUAGUGUAAAUGUUAGUUUUUAAAAUAACAAAGGUGGAAGUUGGAAAGAGAUUUGUGAACGUGCAGGAACACGGGAAAGUUAAAGGCGAUCAUUCRGACCUCUGAGUUUUGUGAUGGAGAGGAAGUUAGAUGUUGAUUGGCGCAGCGAGCCUGUUGCAAGUAGAGACGAAGGUAUGAGUGGAGAGCGAUGAGCGCAGUCAGUUUUCUACACCUGAAUGAUUUUUUUAAAAAUCCCAGCGUUCUUCUGAUGCUAACGAAGAGCAGGCCUAGUAAAGCUGUAAUGGAACAAAGCUGCUAUGAGACUAUUUAAUAAUCUGCAAAGAUUGGUUUUCCUUAKUUUUUUUUCCAUAUGAAUCAAAUAUGGUCCACCGCCGUGCCGCCACUUCCUGUUAUAAUUUCUAAAGGUAGCAGUCUGAUAUAUCAGUGGGACCAUUUGAUGUAGCWGAUUUUAUUUCCCAGUCAGGUUUAAAUAGUAUGUAGUUGCUUUUUUGUUAUGAUUCAUGUCUUUUUUUGUUUGUAAAUGUAUGUUUUGGGAGCGUUGGUUUAAGAGUCAAAGCCCUGUUUUGGGUCCAAGCUUUUUUUUUGUAAUUAGACAGGAACUGUACUGAGAAAUGAUGAAUAUAUAUCUCAUCAUGCAGCAACAAGCUCCUGUCUGCGCAGAUUCCUUUCCACAAAUCAAUCUGUGUUGAUUGAUUAGUUUCCACUGCAGUUUUAGAACAUGAAAGGUGAACCUAAAGGGGGUUUCCCCCCUAAAACAUAAAUAUAUGAAACUAGAAUUUCUCACAACCCACUGGGCUCGUUUAAAUGAGAAGUCUCCAGAAUCUGAAAUUCAACCAAAYUGCGUGUUUGCAAUAAUAAAAUAAGCUUUUUAAAUAACCGUUUCUUGUGAGGAAACAUGUCAGCUUUAUAUGAAAAUAUUUUCUUUUUGUGCAAUGAGAACCUCUUUUUAUAUCCAAGAACGUUCAUCCUGCUCAAUGCUCAGCCGUGAAUGUACAGUUCUGGUGUAAAAUUGUUGAUUUUUGCUACCAAAUGAAGCUUUUUGUUUUGAAACUUUAGGUCUAUUUUAACUUUUUUUUAAAUCUUAAAUCUUUUCAAAUGAUUGAUGCAAGUUAUUUUACAUUUGUUGAACCUACAGUGCCUUCAUGGGGGAACUUUCUGUCUAUAGUGCAUUUUUUAAUUUUAUUCUUUGAGUAUUUCAUAUAAAGUGUUGAGAUAUUUAAAAAGUGUUUUGCUCAAAUCCCACAAAUGAACAAAAACUUGACCAUAAUUACACAUCAUUUGGUUUGGCCUACCAAAGACUGCUUUUUUUUUUUUUUUUUUUACUCUUACUGUCCAUAAAGACACAAACAUUUGAUUAAACCAAAAAUGUUUUAGUUUUCCCUUAAAGUAACUAAAUUUUGUUUAUGUGGGGAAUAAUCACAAGUUAAAUUUUUUUUCCAAAGCAGUUUGAGUCAGGAGAAUCAGACUGCGGUGACACUAAAGUUGCAUCUUUUGUGGUGUGAUGUCAACCAGAUGAUUAUCACAGCAACAAGUUUUCUGCAGCUCCAAAGUCUCCAGUUUUAGAUGAUCUCACCUUGAGAUYAUCUGUUGAAACUGUUUAUUUCCAUUGUGUUAUUUAAAACCCAGUGCCAAGUCUGUUUUUGUUUCUUUAAUUAUCAAAAAAGGAGUGUGGUGUUUGAAAAAUAUCUUAAUUUCCUAAUUCUCUGCUUCAGAAUGUGCAUGUAAAUGCAUAUUYUUCAAAUAAAAUUCUCACUCAA